CAAACAAUGUUACAAAUGAUGUGAAUAUCAAUACUUUUCGGUGCUUUGAAUACAAUUGAGAUUUGAUUGAAAGCAUUAAUAGUUAAUGUGUUGACUGUUAAGCGUUUUAAUUGUCAUUAAGUUUAUUAAUAUUUACUAAUUAUCUAAAAGUCAAGUAAUAAUGUCGACCACAACUGUCACCAAUCCAUCAGCUCUUCUGCCUUUAGAGCUGAUCGACAAGUGUAUCGGUUCUCGCAUUCAUAUCAUUAUGAAGAACGACAAAGAGAUUGUGGGAACACUUCUUGGAUUUGAUGACUUUGUCAAUAUGGUCUUAGAAGAUGUCAUUGAAUAUGAGAGUACACCAGAAGGACGUCGUGUCACUAAAUUGGAUCAAAUCUUAUUGAAUGGAAAUAACAUUACAAUGAUGGUUCCCGGAGGAGAAAUGCCAGACAAUUGAUUUUCAUAAAAAAAAUACAUUAUAAGUAUUUGUUGAAAAUAACAUUAAAUAUCAUUAGUGUAAUUAUUUUAAUAAAAUUUGUCAUU